CGCUGGUUGUUUUGCGUCAGCCAUCCUAUUGAAUGGUGGCCUGCUUCCUCGACCGAUUUGUGUCUUUAAAUAUUAAAUAAGAUAUGCGGCUUCAUUCUCUAAAACCGGUGUAUCUACGGCGCGUUUGCGCAUUAUUCUUUCAUCUUGCUUUCCUUAUUAGUAGAGCCGGUGUAGCAGCCAGCGAUGAGGACGUUGUGCCCGAGAAGCAUGUGAUCGAAGGUAAAGUGGUGCCUCCAGAAAUUGCCACAUCCGAAUGGCUAACGUCCACACGAAUUCUCGUGAACGGAGGGGAACAACUCGGUUUCCUGAGGAGCGACGGCAGCUUUUCGGUGCACAACCUAGCUCCUGGGUCGUACGUUGUCGAAGUGGCUAAUCCUGACCAUGUGUACGAGCCAGUGCGAGUGGACAUCAAUUCCAAGGGAAAAUUCCGAGCUCGUCGAGUCAACUACAUACAGUCAAACUUGAUCCAGACUGUUGCGUACCCGCUGAAACUGAAGAGUCGUGGUCCCUUCCAGUAUUUCCAAGUUCGAGAGACAUGGAGGAUCACCGACUUCCUCCUGAACCCUAUGGUUCUGAUGAUGGUGGUUCCUCUGCUGCUUAUCAUGGUCUUGCCGAAACUGAUGAAUGCAGCCGACCCGGAGACACAAAGGGAGAUGAACCAGAUGCAGAUGCCGAAGUACGACAUGCCCGAACUGUCCGAAAUGAUGACCACACUCUUCACGGGAGGCAACAAGAGACAGCAGCAGGCCAAGACUACUCGAGUGGCCAAGAAGCGGUAGUAGCAAGCUAGGAACGGGGCAUGCGAUGCCGCUGCUCUGCUGCGCUGUGAUACCCCACUUCAGUAUCUCCUCUGUGAAAAUUAAUGGACAACAUGUGUAAAAGAUAUCCUUGAAGCAGACACUAAUGGACAAGACAUAAAAGGACUGUCGAGGUUUUUUUUCUUAUCUGCAUUGCAUCUUCUUCUGCACCCAAUUUCAGCACCCCUUUGUUAAACGGAAGUCGCCCAAGGCCGCAUUUGUGUGGAUUUGGACUCAUUCACAGGUGUGGUAUAAUGUUUGAAAGAAAAGUAUGCUCUCAAGUGUUUUGCAUGAACACGUCAUGGCUUGCCAUAUCAUAGAGAACAAAUUCACUUUGUUAAACUGUUUCAUAACAAUGCCCACUUUUUAAUAUCCCCGUGGUCCUAUCUGGUGUGUCAUGGCUCUGUUCAAAAGCAGGGGAAACAAGUAACUGAAGGAUGAUUAGUUAUUUAAGAGAAGCUGUUAACUCCGAAUAUUUUUAUAUGUGUCUGGGUGGCAUGCACAUGCAAUAUUCCGCUAGAUACACAAGACCUAUUGACAGCAUAAAAACAUUGAACAUAAGUAUACUCGGGCAUCGUAUAGUCCACAGUGCGUCUGUUGCUUGGGAGACAGUGCUGGAUAUUUAUGUAGCAUUUCGGGGUAUCACUUGAGGUAACUUGUAUUAUGAAAUAAGCAAAAAAGGAGGGUAGGGGCAGAGGGCCAUGCAAUGACUCCAGAUAUUGCAGUGUAGGGGCUGAUUAUUACGGGGCACUAUGCAACAUAUUGUGCAAUUUAUCCUGCUUUAGCAAUGUGCCACUGCACCCUGCACCACGUGAGGAAACUUGCUUUGUGUUUGCAUACUGUGUACUAUAUUUUUUCGUAUGCAUUUCAUGGUUUGGAGCAUCAAGUGGAGGGGGGGGGGGGGGGGGGGGGGGGAGUUGCUUGUGAAUAAGUCAUGGCUGAUUGCCGAGUCUAGAAAAUGGUUCUCUUUGGUUUUCAUGGAUUCUUGUGUCCCUAAUGGCAGGUGUGCUGAAAGGCUGUUGCAUUCAUCACGAGGGAAUAAUUCAAAAAAUGGAGGCCCUUGUAAAUUCAUUUUUAAGGCUAUGUGUAGUGGUCAGUUGUGAUGGUCUAUAUAAGAAAUGUAACAUACAAUAUUUGCGUGCCAGUAUCGCUCAAUUGCUGACAUUUCAAUAUAGUUACGCUUACAGCUUGUUCAAAAAUUGAGCCUGCAUCCUUUACUUUUUUCUGUUGCACGUUUAGUUACGUCCGUGCACGAUCUUGCUGCCUAAAGCCAUCGAAAUGGACUGCUGUUUUUCAAAAAUGAUUGUAGCACAGCUUACACCCAAAAAAA